CUGGUGGGUGGGAGUCGCGUUGUGUCUUCGUACAGAUGGGAACACUGCUUGGUAACAAUGCAAUUCAAAAACGGAAGUUGUAGCCUUUGGAUACGACACCUAUGAUUUUGUUUACGUUUAUUUUUGUGUUGAUUGUUGUGUUUGUUCUGUGAUAACUUUAAACGAAUCCAGCGAUAAUGGAUAAUGAAUUGCUCAGGAAGAUCUUCCUGUGCAAAGAGCAUUUGAGCUCUUUAAACGGUGCAAAGGUUACUGCAAGCAACAGUGAUAAACAGUUCAAUGUUGUGCCUUGGUUUCAAGAUUUAUGUGAUAAAAUUGCUUCAUUGCUUUUGCAAAUUACUGAAAAUGUAAGGAAGAUCAGUACGAGCCUCGGAGGACAGGCUAAAGAAAAAAUGCUCUUAUAUUUGCUGCAACUCAACACUGCUCUCUCUGUGCUGAUCAGGAUAUUCCUAUCGGAGAGCGAACACAACAUAAUUAUAACUGCGGCUCGUUAUUGCAUAUCUAAGCAAAUAUGUUUAUGCUUGGACGGGCUCGAGGAGGUGCUUGUAAACAUGCAGAUGGACGACGACACGGAAGGUUUCGUGAAAUACAUGGACGCGGCUUUGGAGAGAGUUACCGAGAUCGACGUGGAAAAGGGAAGGCAGAUCGCUCUGAACGUCUGCGGCGAAGCGAGGAGAGCCAUCGAAGAGGUCCUCUGUCACGGCAUGUCCAUCGCUCAAGUGGCGUUGAACGACGAUUGCAACAGCAUCAAAGGCGGAAGCAAAGAGGUCCUAAGCAACAUGGAAUCGCUGACGCAGCAGAUCAACAAGGACGAACCGAACGUAUCGAUGUGCAAUCUGUUCGUCGAUUCCUGCUGCGACAAGCUCUGCGCGCUCGAACGUAAAGUCAACGUCGCCGUGCUCAAGUUAAGUCUGAAAGUGUUCUCGGAAUGCACUAAGCCUCUGGAGGAUCUGUACGACUUUUGCGCGAUGGACGAUAAUCUGAACGGCUGCGAGGAGGAUUUCGAUAAUCUGGUGGCGGACUUUGAUUUGCACGUGGACCGGAUGAUCCAAGUGGGGCUGUUCGCCGUCUCCUGUUCGACCGAUACGAAUUGCACUUUGAGGAUGAGGAGUUGCUUGGCAAGCUUGGAGGCGCUCGAAGGGGAUCUGGUGCCUGCGUUGACGACGAUCCGAUCGGAUCCGAACAAGCACAACCGGCUCUUCGCGAACACCUUGAAAAACUACUGGAUCAAGCAAGCUCUGACGCUGAAAAAGUAUAUAUACUGCAUCAUAGAUCCUUUCGCCUUUUGCCAGGUGACUUACGAAGUCAUAAGGGAGAUCAACGAGGAGCUGGAGGAGAAGUUCAAGUCCAGCUCGCCGGUGGACAAGGAUCUCGUCAAGCCGAUAACGCUGCAGACGAAAAUCCUGUUCGAGAUGUUGGUCGUCAGCGUGAAGGACAGUCCACCGGAAAACCAGGAAACCGUCAAGAAAUAUUUGACAGACGUUAUCAACGUUACCGUUGAGAUUGACGCGGCCGCCGAUAAGCUGCUGAGCGAGAAGGAAAUCUGCAAGGAGAACGUGUUCAGGGUGUUCAAACGGUGCAAGAUCCAGGAAAACCUCCUGAAGAAGUUGCUCUGCAGUCUCGGCGGAAACUUCGCCGACAAAUCAGUGAUAAACGAAAAAUGCGAGAUGCGGGUGGCAGAUUCAGAGACGGCCGCGAUGGAAGCUCUGAUGUGCAAGGCUAAGCAGAUCCUGAAGGAUAGGAGCGUUCUGUACAGAACGCCCAAUAAGAGCCGGAUAGUUAACAAGAAUCAGACGAGGACGAAAACACCUAUAACGCGAUUGGUGCAUCUGCGCAACAUGCAGUUCACGCACUCGCGUCUCUCGAACGAAACUUCGAUAGAUCUGCAGAUCACAGACAUCCUCGACAAUCUGACAACGCUCUCGACAUCACUGAUGAAUUGAAUUAUCAUUAUUUUAUACUAUAUACACUUAUAUAUAUAAAAAAAUAAACGUUUUAUAUGCCUUUCAUUUGAACUCUCUCAAUUUCAUCUUGAUUUUCUUUCUAAUCUUAGUUAUUAGGUGGACGACGACGACGACUUCGAUAUAUAUAAAAUAAAAAGCAUAUAUUAUAAGUAA